AGAUUGCUGCAAGAGCCUAACCUAGGCCUAUGCAAACAGCAAACAGCCAUUAACAGGUUUUGUGUAAAUUGCCCAUUACCACACUUUUUACGUGCCCUAGAAACAUCAAUAGCCUCACGGUGUAUAAAGCACGCGAUUUCUAUACGUUCAUUAUUCUGAAUCUUGAACGCGUGUGAAUCGAGUUGAAGAGAUGCAGACUUGUGAUUUCUGCGGGAAUAUCGACGGUGUCUCGUUCUACAAAUUCCCAUUACAAGAAGAGCGUCGGCGCAUUUGGAGUGUCAAUAUGGGGAGGGAUGUUGGAUGGACUCCGUCUGAAACGUCGUCACUCUGUUCCGCUCAUUUCACUCCGGAUUGCUUUGAAUCCGGAUCUGCGCGUUUACAUCCUGACGCGAGUCCGACUCUAUUCAAUUUUACACAGCCAAAGAAUCAGAUUGUAAAAGACACUGAAAUUGUUUCUUCGCACCAAGGAGCAUCUACCGAGCCCAAAGACUCCUCCAGAUCGACCUGUUGUGACUGUAACAAACGCCUGCAUGCAACAGAAAGAAGUUACCAGCUGAAAUUAGCUUCAGCCAAUCUCCAGAUCAAAGAGUACAAAAAGAACCUAGCAGAGGAGUCACGGAAAGCAGCACAAUGGCAGAAGAGAGUCAUAGUUUUGCAGAGUGCAAUCAGAGCAAUGAAACAAAACGGGUCGAUACCUGCAACAAGAAAAACGUCUACACCUACAACUAAUCAUACUGACUGAUGCACAUUGUGACAAGAUUACUUGCAGGAAGAACCAAAAUAUAAUGACUUUGUCUAGGUAAACAAGAGGGUCAGUAAACUCGCCAGGAUAAUGCACACAAGCACAGUUUUCAAAGGAAUUUAAUACACUUCAAUACAUAAUAUACACUUGAUAUGUAUACAAAUAUUCUUAGCGAAUAAAAAAAUUACACAUGCUGCUGCAUUUCAUGUUAAAACAAACAACAGUGAAGCAUUACUGUUUGGUUAAUUCACAUGACAAGUAUCAGUCAAAUAAAAUAAAAAGUGCAAGUAUGACCUUAAACAAAAAACAGAUGGACGAUUACAGUAAUGUAAAAUGUAUAGCACCAAUAGACACAUUUUAUAACAGGAAUUCUAUGCAUUCAGUCUACUGAAAACACCAAUAUAAUGUUCAUUUUGACUCAAAGGAUGCUUUGUGCAUUAUUUUAACAGAUAUACUCACAUAAUAGGCCGGUUAUAGCUAAAAAUAAUUUUGGCUGACAAAUAAACUGAUAAAUCCUGAGUUUGUGGUCAUUUGAAUUUUAAAUCCUCCCAGCGAAUCUAAAUUUGAGCAGGUGAUCAUGAUGUUUCAAAUGGGAUUUUAUUAAUAAAAGGGACAAUUUA